CAAUUGCGUUAAAAUUUUGAAAGCUUACAAACACUUUUUACGAAUGCUCGAUACAGGCGCGUGAUGCAAGCUGUUUAGUUCCUAAAAAGCGCCGUUGAGAAUAAGACCAUGUCGACUACCGUAGUCCAAACCGUAGUGCAGGAUGAGGAAACUAAGCUGUCGAAAACCAGGGAUGUGAACUGGAUGAAGGUGUUAUUCCAGUUGCAGAUCACUCUUAUGUCCUUAUUUACGAUUCAUUUCCUUUUAUAUGAUUCACAAUGGAAGACGCUUCUCUUCACGCUAGCUUUAGUAUUACUGGGACAACUGGGAGUUACAGCUGGGGCACAUAGGCUAUGGGCACAUAAUACUUACACCGCUGAUGGUAUUCUCAGAGCUUUCCUCAUCUUUUGUCAAACCCUCUCUGGAACUGGUUCCGUAUAUGAAUGGGUUCAAUGGCACAGGCUUCAUCACAAAUAUUUUCAAACUGAUUUGGACCCAUACAAUCCCUCAAGAGGGUGGUUCUUCGCACAAAUUCAGAGCACAACUCUUCACUUAAGUGAAGCUCAAGAGGCAGAACUGAAAAAAAUUGAUAUGAGUGAUCUCGAAAAGGAUAAACUAGUAAUGUGGCAAAAGAAGUAUUACAUAGCCCUCUACCUGAUUGUCACUCUUCUACUGCCAAUCAACGCUCCUGUAGAAUAUUGGAAUGAAGGACUUUACAGUUCUGUAUUUAUUCUAGGAUUUUUAAGAGGUUUUAUUAACCUGAAUUUAGCCUGGUUAAUCAACAGUGCCAUAACAAUUUGGGGAUUAAAAAAAGGAGAAAAAUUCCCAUGCGACACGAAUCUAGUCUUUAUUCUUAACAAAAGCAACUGGCUGGCUUAUCAUUACAUCGCUCCUUGGGACUAUCAGGUUAGCGAAUACGGUCAAUAUGCUAACGAUACUAUCUCCAAGACCAUCAGGAUAUUCCAAGUAUUAGAAUGCGCCUCAAAUUUGAAGACAAUCGACAGCGAUACUGUAAGGAGGGCGUUGACAAAUUCUGUUGUCCAGAAGAGGGAUAUCACGGAGUGUCUGGAAGAGCUUUGUGAUUAUUCACAGAAGGCUCCUGUUUUCAAUUAAUCUGAGAACUCUGCAAUAUAUUCAAUAUACUGUUAAACCAUUGUAAAUGUUUACUUUUUUACGAGUUUGUAUUACUUAUAUUAUAAUAUUACUAUUAA